AUGCAUUUGAGAGAAGAGGGUGUUCUUUGUUGAUACGUUUCAUUCAUUCAUUCAGAGAGUAUCCGAAAGUAACAGAAUUAUACUACCUUCUCUCUCGCGUUCUCACACACACCGCACACUCUUCACAAUACACAAAUCAUAAAAACAAAACCCUAACUCCUCUCUCUCACACUCUCUUUUUCUCUCUUUCAUAUCUCUCUCAUUCUCUCACAAACGCAUUCUUCAUCAUCGUCAUCAUCAUCACUCUCUUACGUUUCUCAAACCGUUGGUUCCGUGGAAUCAAUCACUAGGUUUUUUAUUUUCUUCCCUUUUUGUUUUUUUUUAUCGCUUCGGUUUUCAAUUCUAGGUUUUCGAAUAGUUUUCAUUGCACGUGCGUGUAUUUCUAGGGUUUCUGUUUUCGAGACGCGGUUUUCGUUCUAUAUAGGGCGAUUGUUUUGUUUUCUCCAUGGGCUUUUCAAUCGUGCUUAAUUCUUGGUUUAUCGAUUGUUGAGAGCCGCGUCAUUGUUUGAAUCGGUUAUCUCUCUGGAGAGAGUUUUUCGAGGUCUUGUUUGGUUUGAAUCCAUCUUUCUAAUUGAAGAUGGAGGCGUAGAGAAGGUUUUCAUUUACGGCAUUGUCUUGUGAUUCAAGAUUGUGGUUUGUUAAAGGGGGAAUUUCGGUUCGGCAUUGUUGGAGCCGUUACGGCGGUGAAUUUCUGAUUAAUUUUUAGGGUUUGGAAUAGUUUAGGGGAAAAUGAGGUGAGAAUUGGAGUGAGUUGUUUAGUUUAGAAUUCAGUAAAUAAAAGUGCUGUUCUAGGAGUGGGGUUGGUGAAGGGUUGGUUCUGCUUUUUGUGUCUUGGUUCUGAUCAUGUUCAGUGUUCGAUAUGGAAAAAAGUGAACCUGCUUUAGUUCCACAAUGGUUGAGAAGUAAUGGAAGUGUUACCAGUUCAGCCCACCAUUUUGCAUCUUCAUCUAAUCACACUGAUACUCAUACUGUAGCUCACUCAAGGAAUAGGUCUUCUAAGACAACUAGUGAUUUUGAUAGUCCUCGUUCUGUGUUUCUUGAACGGGCGUUUUCGUCAAAUUCUCGGAGGGGCACUAUCAACGGCUCUGCUAAGAAUGCUUAUAGUAGUUUCAACAGAAAUCAUCGUGAUAAGGACCGCGAUAGAGAUAGAGAUAAAGAUAGAUCCAACUUUCUAGACCACUGGGAUCGUAAAUGUUCUGAACCAUUGGCUGACCUCUUCUCGGUAAGGACAGAGAGGGAUCCUCUGCGGCGUUCUCAUUCAUUGGUCUCCAGGAAACAGAGCGAGCUUGCUAACCACAGAGGGGCUGUAGAUACUAAAUCUGGUGGCAACUGCAACCAGAGCAAUGGUGGGGAUGUACUUUCUGGGGGUAGUAUCAGUAACAGUUUUCACAAAGCUGUUUUUGAUAAAGAUUUUCCAUCACUUGGUGGAGAUGAAAGGCCUGGGUCAGCUGAAAUAGGCAGAGUCAAGUCUCCUGGUUUGGGUGGUACUGCUAGUCAAUCUCUACCUGUUGGCAGUUCUUCUAUGAUUGGAGGAGAGGGAUGGACUUCUGCACUAGUAGAAGCACCUUCUAUGAUGGGAAGCAGUAGUACCGGGUCUUUGACAGCACAACAAACUGGUACUCCGAUUUCUGGGUCUGUACUUUCAAGUACAUCAGCAGGUCUUAACAUGGCUGAAGCUUUGGUACAGACUCCAUAUCGAGCUCAGUCAACUCCCCAGGUCUCGGUCCAAACCCAGAGGCUUGAAGAACUUGCUCUUAAACAGUCAAGACAGUUGAUUCCAGUGACACCAUCAAUGCCUAAAGCUUUGGUUAAUAACUCUGAAAAAUCAAAACCGAAGACAACACUCAGAAAUGCUGAGAUGAAUAUGGCUGCCAAGAUUGUACAACCCUCUGCAUUGCAUACUGUUAAUCAUUCUGUCCGCAAUGGAAAUGCCAAAGGUGAUGCUCCAAAGACAUCUGGGAAGUUUACUGAUCUUAAGUCUGUGGUGUGGGAAAAUGGUGUUUCUGCAACAGCAAAGGAAGCUUCAGCUCCAACAAAUUAUUCUAACAGUAAACCCGGAAAUCAUCUGGCUGUUGCUUCAGCUGUUGCUUCUGCACCUUUGAGGAACCCCAAUAGCCUUAAAUCCCCCACAGAACGGAGGCCAGCUUCUUUGGACCCGAAAGUAGGUUCCACAACGGAUAAGAAACAGGUUACUUCUCAAGUGCAGAGCAGACACGAUUUCUUCAAUCUCAUUAAGAGGAAAACUCUGAACUCGUCAGUUCUUCCUGAUUCUAGCCCUGUUGUUUCACCUGCCACAGCUGACAAAUCUGGUGAAGUGAAUAUGGAAGCAGCUGAACCCCCUGCAAUCCUUCACAAUCUGGGUAAUAGUACUGAAGUGACUAGCAAUGGUAAUGCCCAUGUGGAGGUUCACAGACUUCCUGAGAUCAGAUGGAAAGAUUCAACUUCUGAUGAGGAAGAAGUUGCAUUUCUUCGUUCUCUCGGCUGGGAGGAGGAUGAUUCUGGUGAAGAUGAAGGCCUCACAGAGGAGGAGAUCAAUGCAUUCUAUCAGGAGUGCUUGAAGUUGGGCACCACCACAUUAAAGCUAUGCCCUGGCAUGCAGCCAAAGUUGUCCAAAUUUUUUGAAUCUUAUGCCACUAACUUGAAUGGAGCUUCUGCUGGAUCAAGUUCUUCUGACUCUGGAUCUGAAGUUUGAUGUUUGGUUGUAUCAUGAAUAGAUCCAAGUUGCAUUCUUUUAUGCAGAUGGCUAGUAACAUUCUUCUCUUUUGAUUUUAUAGAAGGCUGGUGAUUUGGGAGGGAAAAAAGAGGGUGGGUUUUGUUUGGAACCAUGCAUUUGCAAAUAUUGCAAUAAGUUACAGGUGCCUCAAGCCUGCCUGCUUAACAGGGAAUUUUUUUUGGUUCUGAGGCAGGGUAAAAGUAAUAGGUUGGUUGGGUAGGGGUAGUAGCCUAGGGGUUAUUUUGUCUGCAGGAAGGUGCUGGGCAAUUGCAUCUUUUGGGGUAUUUUCAUACGUUUUUCUUUCAAGAGGGUUUGAUUUUAAAUGAUAAAUUUUAUGACGUUUUUGGUAAAUUUACAAACAAAAAAAAAGUAAAAGUUUACGUAUAA